ACCAUGGCCUCGGCAAAUCACCGGGGUGGCGGCGGACGAGGCGGAGGUGGCGCCGUCGCCGGUGCCGGAGCGGAUGGCAAUGCGAUCGUCGGCCUGCAAAUCGGCUCCGCCUGGUUUCAGCGCAAGAUCAACCUGAGGCCGCAGCACCGCGGCGUCCACCUGGUCACCGAGGAGAUCCUCCGACAGAUGCCGGAGCUGGCGCACUUCUCAGUGGGACUGUGCCACAUGCAGAUUCUUCACACAUCGGCGAGUUUAGCGUUAAACGAAAGCUGGGAUCCAGACGUCAGAGACGACAUGGAGAUGAUGUUGAAUAAAAUAGUUCCCGAAGGUUUGCCCUACAGGCAUUCGUGCGAGGGACCCGACGAUAUGCCCGCGCACGUGAAGGCCUGCUUCCUGGGCAGCUCCCUGACAAUCCCGAUCACCGACGGCAAGCUGUCGCUGGGCACGUGGCAGGGCGUCUGGCUGUGCGAGCACCGCGACCAGGCCGGCUCCAGGAAGCUGGUGAUCACGCUGACCGGAUGUCCGCGCGAACAGGCCCGCAGCCCGCUGUCACCCGUCUCGCCGAUCGCCAGCACGUCCAGUUAGGGGCGGCCUCGCUCCACCCGCGACAGCCGGUAAUCGCGGGGGAGCGACAAUAAUGCCAUCAUUUCGUCGAGGCGGCUGAUACUGCAGAAGAACUUGGCUAAGGCGAAUUUGGCCCAGCAGCGGGCGGCGGCGGUGAUUGCCGCCGGUCGGGGCGGGUUGGUGGGCGGUGGCCAUCACCAGGAGGCGCUGGCCCCGCCCAACAUACCCGGCGUGGAGACGAAGACCGGCCGCCUGCUGCUGCGCCAGCAGCUGCACCUCAAUCUCAACCUGAAUGUGCAGGAAACGUUGCGCGAUGGCGUCGACAUCGAUGAUGUGGACGAGGAUGUCGACGAGGACGAGGACCUAGACAACCUAGACAACCUAGAAACCGUCACAACAGUGCCUCUUAACAAUGAACAACUUAAUGCUAAGGUCACCACCGUCACCACAACAACAACAUCCAGUUCAUCAGCAGCGAGCAGUGCAUUAGCUAAAUUCAAUCGCAUCAUAGACUCCACCUUGGAGCGGCCCCCGGUGGCCGUGGACUACUCGGGAUUGCCCAAGUUGAGCAGCGCCACUCUGCAGCAGCGCUUCAACCUGGCCUAUCCGGAGUUGGUCACCCAGCAGCAGCAGCAGCAGCAACAUCCGCAGCUGCAACAGCAGCAACAUGAUGCGACCAAGCAGCAGAUCAGCAGCCUCCAGGGGAACCCCAGAUUGGAUCGUGGAACGGGCGCCGUUGCCAGCACUCCAUUAACACUUCAAGCACCCAAAUCAACAGCAACGGCGACGGAGGAAAAGGAGCAGAAGGAUCCGGGGAAAUCCCACGUCGAGGAGCAACAACACGACGACGACAAUGAUCAUCCCCACCACGACGAGGAUAAUCAAACGAAACGAAAUGAUGUGCAUUAUUUGUUGAAACAGUUGAAUAGUUUUAGUGAUAUAGAAGAAAUAGAAAUUGUUGAUAUGAAGCAAAGAGGUCAGCGGCCGCCGAUGGCGUCCAGUUCGUUGGCCACCAUGAUGCCGCCGCCCUCGCCGGCGCCGCCGGCCUCCCCAUCGACGCAGUCGCAUCGACUGGGGCCGCCCAUCCUGCCGCCGAACCAGUUCGAUGACUACCUGUUCGAGUCCUGCCACUACCUGGAGACAAACUACUUUGCCGCCACCUACCGCACUGCCAUGGUCGAGAGCAGCUCCCACGAGUUCCGGCCCUCGACCAACAGCAGCUCGAACAGCUUCGAGCUGCACGAGAUGGAGCCGCCCAGUGUCAUCUGCAAGGCGGGGCCACCGCCUCCACUGGUUGGAGGUCAUCCGGGGCAUCCGCCGCCGAGGUAUCAAUUCGAGUACCAGGCGGAAACCCGGCUGACCACCAGUGGAGUGCAGACGGAGCUCACCUCCGAAUCGCUGGCCAAGAUGAGCAACUGCAGCGGGAGCAGCAGCUCCUCCUCCUCGACGAGGGCGCCUCCCUUCUUCCGGUGCUGCUACACGCCCAUCGAUCGCUGGCGGGAGAGGCGGCACCAGCAGAAGCCGCCCAAGGACGUUUGACACUGGGCGUGGCAGUCCACUCGGAGAUCCAACAUGUGCCUGGCUAACUUACUUCAGGGAUGCAAGUCGGGGGAUUACUGGGAUGGGUUCGGAGUUCGUAGAGAUGGUUCGGUUCUAAAAAUUAUGAUUAUACCCAUUUAGAAAUUUUAAAAACUUUAAUAUUUUGAGUAACUUAAAAAACCUUCUUUUAGAAAAUUAAUUUCCAAAAUCA